CACUACUUGAGUUGCAAGGCCCCGAGAGUUGAAAUUGCGACCCAAAACUCAUCAUCAUCACUCUUUGCAACGCCAUCUACAUCUACUGUGUCCCCUCUUAUGCAGCAUAGCGUAGGCAGUAACACCUCAGUCGCUGCUAUGAGUAGCCUACGUCUUGUCACGAGCGAAACCGACAGCCAACAGCGCCAAGGAAGUAGUAAUCAUGUAUCUUUCACCCCGGAUCAUGUGGGAGUCAGUGGGAGUAUUCACCCUAGAAUCUCGGCGUCUGCAAGCUCGACCUACCUGUAUCAAUUGGGUUCCCGAGCAAUGUCGCUGACAUCUGUACCAGCAAGCGACACUGGCAGUAACGAUGACCUUAGAAAUCCAUUUGACGACACAAACUCUGCAGAGCAAUCACCGGCGAACGAAUCUCGUAAUCCGUUCGACGAUUCAAAUGCACAGGAAGACUCACCGGUACAGUCAACCGACCAGCCCUACCAUGUCUUCACGAGAAGACAAAAGUGGUUUGUCAUUAGUAUCAUAAGUGCUGCUGGCUUGUUUUCUGGCCUAUCAUCAAACAUCUACUUCCCCUCGCUCGACGCUAUUUCACGAGACCUCCAUGUGAGCCUUGAAAUGGUCUCACUGACGAUUACGUCGUACCUCAUUAUCCAAGGCAUCUCUCCAAUCAUCUGGGGCUCCAUCUCCGAUACCCUAGGGAGGAGACCCAUUUACAUCGCUUCUUUCUUUGUGUACAUCACAGCCAACAUCGGUCUCAGCUUUUCGCCAAACUUUGCUCUCCUCAUGGUUUUCAGAGGUCUGCAGGCAGCUGGAAGUGCUUCGACCGUAAGCAUUGGAAAUGGUGUUAUCCAGGAUAUCUCGCCUCCUCAAGAGCGGGGAGAAUUCAUUAGCUUUUACCAGGCGAUCCGAAACUUCAGUAUCGCAGUUGGGCCUGUGCUCGGCGGCUUGCUCGCAAAUUUCCUCGGUUUCCGAUCUAUUUUUGUUUUUCUCUUGAUACUUUCGUUAGUAGUCACUACUGUGAUCAUAGUGUUCUUGCCCGAGACAAUGCGAAGCAUUGCCGGGAAUGGCUCGAUCCGGUUGGAGGGCAUUUACAAACCUCUGGGCCGUUAUGUCACUCGAGCAUCGAACUACCAGUCAGAGGAUCUUAGAGGUCCACUUUCACGGAAGAAAGUAACACUGGCUACAUUUUUGGAGCCUCUUUACCUUCUGAUACAAAGAGAUAUACUCAUCAAUCUUGUCUUUGGGGGCGUGGUGUAUACCAUCUGGAGUAUGGUUACAUCAAGUACUACUGGACUCUUCAAACAGCUGUUCGGCCUCAGCGAUCUUCAGAUUGGGUUAGCGUUCUUGCCCAAUGGGUUCGGAACCAUCGUGGGCUCGACUAUUGCUGGCAAAAUCCUAACACAUGACUAUCUACAAAUAGAAGAAGCGUACAUGGCCACGCACGGGCUCGAAGAAACCGAGAGGCUAACAACGAAAAACAUGCCUGCCGACUUCCCUAUAGAGAGGGCCCGUCUCCGUCGUUUACCCUGGAUCGUUAUGAUUUUUGUCAUAUCGACCGGCGCCUAUGGUGUCUCUCUUAACUUUCCUUCGAUCGUAUUUUUGAGAGGCUGGAUAGCUGUGCCACUUGUCCUCCAGUUUCUUAUCGCUGCGACAAGUAACGCCGUCUUCGCUCUUAACCAGACGCUUGUCACAGAUUUGUGCCCGGGAAAGGGGGCGAGUGCUACUGCCAUCAAUAACUUGGUCAGAUGUGGAUUGGGUGCUAUUGGUGUGGCAUUAAUCGAGACCUUUAUAGCUGCAACCGGACCUGCAGUAACAUUUCUCGGUUUGGCACUCGUCACAAUUACGGUCGGACCACUAGCCGUUAUACACUGGUAUUGGGGCCAGCACUGGAGGUCCCAGAGAAUGAGAGCUAAGGAAACAGCUAAAAGUGAGAAGAUAACCAGAGCCACAAGGUAA